AUGGCUUCCAAUGAGAGUACAACUUCAAUCCAGGGAACCUCUCUCGAGCGCUUCUACAAUCCGCCAGGCUUGUGGAAUGAUAGAGACGACUGGACGGGCGUGACGAGCACGGCACAGAGGAAGAGAUUGCAGAAUCGCCUGAACCAGAGGGCGUGGCGCAGAAGACAAAAGCUGAACACGGCAAGGUCUCGUGAUGCCUUGCCCGCUUGCCAGGUUCCCUCCGCUCCGCCAGGCCCUAGCGAAAAUACCUUCACGGGCAGCGUAGAAGGCCUUUUGCUUCUGGUCCAAGCGGAUGAGGCAUGUCGUCUUCGAGUCUUGCUUCAGCAAGCUUACGAGGAGUACACUCUCAAUGCCCCGAGACUCACAGCCUUGCCUCUUGUGACAAGAAUCAACGUCCUCAACGCACUGGCACGCAAUGCUGCCUACUUGAAUAUUCCUUCUGUAGGCCUUUGCUGUGUCGAUCUCAUAUCGCCAUUCAAUCUCUCCGGCCCCUCACUUCCAAACCACUCGUCUUCAGAGUUUCCGAGGGCCUUAUAG